UUGUUUCUGUUUCCUGUGGUUUACAUUGCUUGUGUCCCUCCAUAAGGAUAUUUGGGGGCGUUCCCUGUAUGUACUCGAUGUCCCCAUGAAAGUGCGACGAUUUUGCAGAGGCUUUCUAAACCGGGUCUCGUUUUGAGUGAAGUCGGUGAAACCUGGCAACCCUGAGUAGAUCUGAGUGAAAGUGAGCGGAGUCUCAGGUGAGGAGCAGCGGUUCUGUGCUACAGAGCGCGUGCCACACACUGCAGCAGUCCUAAUGAGCAGCUUGAACAGAACAAACUUCUUCAAAGCACCACCAAAUCCGUGUUUAAAGGAGAUCUACUGUUGGUGGUGAUGGCUAGUGGUCUGCUCGUGCUCCAUUUAAAGUCAGUGUGCCAUCAGUUUUCUACAAAUCAGCUGCUUGCUGUCAGUUGAUGAGGAGUGGGGCUGGAAAAGAAGCACCUGGCACCCCCAAAAAAACAAGGGUGAUAUCCUUCUAAUCACUUCAUGCUUCCAGCACAGCCCCCUGUCCAGGAUUCUACACGUUCCUGCACACUCCAGAUGUGAGAAGAUGUUGGAAUUUCGGUCUGGUUCGUAACCAAACAGCAAGAAAAGUUUUUUUUUUUUUUUUUUUUCACCUCUCAUGGAUCUGUUAUGGAUGUAAUGAAGGACACUUUCUGCUGGAGAAGCAACACCCCCAGGAUCCCAGACUGUUUUAAAUGAUUCCUAAUUCAGAUGUGUAGAAGACUAGUGACAUUGUGAUUUGUGACUUGACGAGGAGCUAGGAUGCCAAAACAGCACUGCAGGAAACUGUCUCUGUUCCAGGCGCUCACCCUUGUUAUGCUGUUGACGUCCCUGGAUUGCCUGUCAUCCCAGGAAACUCAGGGCAGACGUGUUGGCCGUUCAUCUCGAGUGCCUCGGCAGCUGUUUUAUAAGAAUGAGUGGGCUUCGUGGGGAGUUUGGUCCGAGUGCUCUCGCUCCUGUGGAGGAGGAGCGUCCAUCCGCCGACGGAGCUGCAUCUACAGGAAUCCAGUUGGAGGCCCAUGUUUGGGAGAUCCCAGGCAGUAUAAGAUCUGCAACACUAAGGGGUGUCCUCCUGGAUCUCUAGACUUCAGAGAACUGCAAUGCAAAGCAUUUGAUGACAAGCCCCUAGUUGCUGGGAGGUACCAGUGGACUACUUUUCAUGGAGGCUCUGACCCCUGUGAGCUCAGCUGUUUGGCUCUGGGACACAAUUUCUACUACAACUUUGGGCGAGUCCUGGAUGGCACACCCUGCGCAACCGAGCCUGGGGCCGUAUGUGUGAACGGGAAAUGCCUGAAACCAGGGUGUGACCUGAUCUUUGGCUCCCAGCAGCAGGAAGAUGCCUGCAUGGUGUGUGGAGGCCAGAACACCACCUGCCUUCAUCAUCGUAGUGUGUACCGGAGUAACGGCCAGGAGAUCGGGCCAUUUGGAUACAAUGAGGUCACCAUGAUCCCAGCUGGAGCCACCCACAUCAGAGUGACUGAUAACACCAAAAACUAUUUAGCCCUUCAGAAUGGACAUUCCCAGUUUGUGAUAAAUGGGAACUGGAAGAUCAGUGUUCCAGGGGAGUAUAACGUGGCCGGGACCAAACUGCUGUACCGACGCUCUGCUGAUACAUGGGAAAGCUUUGAGGUGCCCGGGCCGACACAGGAGGACUUGCACAUUAUGGUUCUAUCCACUGAUGAGAAUUCUGGGAUAGAGUAUGAAUACUGGCUGCCCCCUGAGCUCUACGCCCUGCAUCAUGGAAGGAAGAGUCCAUACCGGCAUCAGCACACAUCAAACUUCCUGCCCUGGGAACUGCCAAUGACUACCGCCACCACUACCACCACCACAACGAGACCUCCUGCCACCACGCAGCCUUCAUGGGGUCAUGUAGGCAGACGAAGACCUCCCGUGAGACCUCCCUUUCAGCAGCAGCCACUGCCUCGUCUGGAACGAGAUGAGAAGAGUAACUACCUGCCCCGGACGCACAGCACAGGUUACUGCGGUAAGUGCAGGAGGGUGAAGGGGCGUGGGGAACGGCAGAGGCAGUACUGCCAGAAGGAUUAUGUCUUCAGAGCCAAGAUCUUGGGGAAGGUCUAUGUUGGCGAGGAGACGCGAUACGACGUGCAAAUUAUCCACACGUACCGCAACCGCUUCCGUCUGGAACGGCGUGAAUACCUAUGGGCCCCCAACAGGUGUGAUUGCCCUGCGCUGGAGGAGGGCUAUCAGUACGUGCUAAUGGUCAGGCGUCACGUAAACCAUGAACAGACACUUGAUCGCAUUCUGCUGGAGGAGGACAGCUACACUCAGCUUUACCGCCCACGUGAGGACAGCCUACUGCGCCCCCUGGAGGAUCUUUGCAGUAACAGGGGACCGAGAACUCACCAGAGAGGGUAGAGGGUGUGGACUUAGGCCCUGUUUGGCUGAAUUCAUUGUGCACUCAUUAUAUUUAAUCCUGCUUAAAAAAAAACACCACCACAAAUGACGAGAAAAAACUACUUGUGGAUAUUACAGGAACCCUUGGGAAGAAAAGGAGCCCAUAAGUUCCAGAGUUACACCAAAGCUAGUCACUAAAUGAAGCACUUUAGGUGGAUGUUAUAACCUACCUUUAAAAAUGCAUAUACCAAAGAAGAACAUUUUUUGUUGUAUUAUUAUCAGAGUUAAUGUUGCCUUACAUAUAUUUACCGACCAACCGUAAUAUUUACUUCUCCUGUCAGUGUUUUUAAUAAAAUUGAUUACCUCAUUACAAUGGCACCUGCCAAGGGGUGGGAUAUAUUAGGCAUUGAUUGUUGAUGCAUUGAAAGCAUGAAAAAUGGGCAAGUGUAAGGAUUUGAGCGACUUUGACAAGGGCCGAAUUGUGAUGACUAAACGACUGGGUCAAAAUCUCCAGGUCUUGUGGGAUGUUCCCGCUAUGCAGUGGUUAGUACCUACCAAAAGUGGUCCAAGGCUCAUUGAUGCGUGUGGGGAGCGAAGACUAGCCCGUCUGGUCCGAUCUCACAGUAGAGCUACUGUAGGACAAAUUACUGAAAAUGUUCAUGCUGGCUCUGAUAGAUAAGUGUCAUAACACACAGUUCAUCACAGCUUGCUGUACCUGCAGACUGGUCGGAGUACCCAUGCUGACCCCUGUCCACCACCUGCUCCUACAAUGGGCAGGUGAACAUCAAAACAGAACUACGGCACAAUGGAAGAAUGUGGCCUGGUCUAAUGAGUCUUGUUUUCUUUUACAUCAUGUGGCGGCUCGGUACAUAUGCGUCGCUUACCUGGGGAAGAGAUGGCACCAGGAUGGGAAGAAGGCAAGCUGGAGGAGGAAGUGUGAUGCUCUGGGCAAUGUUCUGCUGGGAAACCUUGAGGCCUGGCAUUCUUGUUGCUGUUACUUUAACACACAUACCACCUACUUAAACAUUGUUGUAGUCCAUGUACACCCCUUCAUGGCAAUGGUAUUCCCUAAUGGCAGUGGCCUCAUUCAGCAAGAUAAUGCACCAUGUCACCUGCAAAACUUGUUAAGAUGGUUUGAGGACACAGAGCUCAAGGUAUUGACUUGGCCUCCAAAUUCCCCAGAUCUCAAUCCGAUUGGAGGCCUCACCUCAGUGCUUACAGGAUUUAAAAGAUCUGCUGCUAACAUCUUGGUGCAAGAUACCACAGCACACCUUCAGAGGUCCUGUGGAGUCCAUGACGGGUCCGAGCUGUUUUGGCGGCAUGAGGGGGACCUACGCAAUAUUAGUUGGUUAGAUGGUUUUAAUGUUAUGGCUGAUCGGUAUAUAAGCAUAAAAUGUAUCUAAUUUCUCUCUGCUGUUUGUUUUUUUCCUACAAUUAUUGUUCGUUUUUUUUUAUUAUAUUUAUGAUAAUAUGUAGAAAUCAUACCUACAUUUAUGUAUGUGUUUUGCUUUUGAUAUAUAUUUUUUACUAUCAGUGUGUUUAUUGACAGUGAUGCAAAAACUUUAUUGAAUACCUCAAGCAGAAGUCUGACUUGAUAGUUAUCAAAGUGCUUCAGUGCGAUGAUCCGUUGAAGAGAGUGAAACAUUUCAGGAGGAUCUCCGUAACGAUCAGUAGACAAAGAUAAUGAUGCUGACCUGGACCCAAUCUCUUCCACUGUAUAAUCAAACUCACUGUAUUUGAUAAUAGUUUUCUAAGACCAUCAUUUAUAUUAUUUAUCUAGAAUGCAGUCCACAAUGCAUGUUCCACACACUCCACUAAUUAAACCGACACUGUGUUUUUAAUUAUUAUCAGUAAAGCUAAUGCCCGAAUAUAUAGCCAUGUCACUGAAACAUGGGGGACGCAACACCGUUCAAUAAAAACUUGCCAUGAGACAGUG